AUGGGAGACGCGGCCCCAAGCAAGUGGUUCGGCUGCGCCGUGCGCCGCGUGGUGGGGGAAGCCUCGGAGGCCCCUGAAUUUGGGGAGGAGCUCCGGGCUGCCAUGGAGCCCCACAUCAGCAAGGCCCGCCAGAAGCGUGAAGAGGCCAACAAGGGAGCAGGUGCCACGGAUGUGUUUGUGCCCUACAAGGCUUUGCGCAGCGAGCACCCUUUCUGCUACGACUCUAGCACGUACCCUUUGCAUUCGGUCCUGGCUGAAGCCCUUGGCGUCCGCAGUCUGGCGGACGUCCACCACCACCCUGCGCAAUCGAAGCAGGAGCUACUGAGCCCACUGCUGGAUCGCGAGAGGCGUCAGCGCUUCCACGAGUUGUACGAUCACUUCGUGACGUCCUUUUGCAUUCCGAUGCUCCACAGCUUAGCCGUUGCCAGGGAUGUGUUGCCCAAGGUGUCUGGCGCAACCUACCGCUACCAGGCCUUUCCUUGCAUCCGCGUGGUUCGCCCCGGGGAGUUCUCCAUCGGCCCCCACUGCGACACCGCCUACGGCCACAGCAUCGGCAACCUCAACUUCCAUAUUCCUUUGACACCCAUCCUGGGAGUCAAUGCUUUGUUUGUCGAGUCCAGUCCGGGCAGGGAAGAUUGGCAUCCUCUCACAGCCGAAGGAACGGGCAGCGGCUUCCUCUUUGACGGGGCGCGCUGCAUACACUUCACCCUGGAGAACGCCACGGACACCACGCGCGUGUCUCUGGACUUCCGCAUCGCCUUCUACCAGGAGGGCAGCAGUGAGCUUUGCACCAAGGAGCAACUGGCAGACAGUUUCUGCACCGGGGCCUGCAGCUGCUAUUACGAUGAGGCUGCUGUUUCCCUAGCCCAUGCCCCUGCAGGGGUCGUGGCCAAGAAGGCUGCGAAGGAGUUGUUGGAGCCAGAUUGGCGCGUGGGACUUCCCUUCAGCAAGCGGGCAUAG